AUGAUUUCUAAAAAAAGAAUAGCGAUCAAAUUUGUUUUUGUUGUUCUUUCCUAUUUGCUUGUUUCAGGAUAUGCAAAAGUGAGAUGCACAGAGAGUGAGAGGGAAGCUCUUCUAACAUUCAAGAAUGGCCUCAUCGACGAGCAAGGUGUUCUCUCGUCAUGGCGAGGCAACGAAUGCUGCAAAUGGCGAGGUGUUGAGUGUAGCAACACCACUGGCCACGUUAUCACCCUCCAGAUUUAUAUGGAUUAUGUUGGUGAAUUGCAAGGUGAGGUUCGUUCUUCAUUGCUUGAGUUGCACCAUUUAAACUCUCUUGCCCUUUCUUCGAUCUAUUUUGGAGGCAUUCCUAUGCAGGAAUUCAUUGGUUCCAUGAAACAUUUACAACACUUGUCUCUUAGUGGUUGUAACUUUUCUGGAAGCAUUCCUUCUCAGUUAGGGAACCUUACCAACCUAAGCACACUUGACCUCAGUGGAAAUUAUUUCGGAGGCAUUCCUUUCCCGGAAUUCAUUGGCUCCAUGAAACAAUUACAACACUUGUCUCUUAGAGGUUGUAACUUUUCUGGAAGCAUUCCUCCUCAGUUAGGGAACCUUACCAACCUACGCACACUUGACCUCAGUGGGAAUUAUUUUGGAGGCAUUCCUUUCCCGGAAUUCAUUGGCUCCACGAAACAAUUACAACACUUGUCUCUUAGCUGUUGUAACUUUUCUGGAAGCAUUCCUCCUCAGUUAGGGAACCUUACCCACCUAUGCACACUCGAUCUCUCGCAUAAUUCUUUGAGUUCCAUAUCUCCUUUUAUGUUUGGUUCCGUAUUUGGAUCACUCGAAACGUUGCACUUGUCUGAUAAUCAAUUCACUGGUUUAAUGCCAAGCCUGAGAGUGUUUCCUUCAUUGAUAGAACUAGACCUUUCAAAAAAUAACUUUACAGGCUCUGUUCCUCUAAGUAUUGGCCAACUCUCCAAGCUUCAACUUCUAGAUCUUUCUCAUAAUUCUUUGGAAGGUUUAGUUCCUCCAAGUAUUGGCCAACUCUCCGAGCUUCAGUUUCUAGAUCUUUCUUAUAAUUCGUUGAAAGGUUUAAUCUCUGAAUCCCAUUUCAUAAAGCUUAACAAGUUAUAUAGACUUGAUUUAUCCUUCAAUCCACUAUUGAUGUUGGAUAACGCCCCUGAUUGGAGUCCUCCUUUUCAGUUGAAUUAUAUAAAUUUAGCCAGGUGCAAUGUGGGCCAAUUUCCAAAAUGGAUUCAAACUCAGAUGAAUUUGUUUCACCUUGAUCUCAGUGGUGCCAAUAUAACAGAUGAAGCCCCAAUAUGGUUGUGGAAUAUGUCUUCUUCAUUACAUUACUUAUAUCUUUACGAGAAUCAAAUAAGUGGUACAGUUCCAAAUAUCUCAUCCAUGUCCAUUUGGUGUAUGGAUCUUAGUUACAAUCAAUUCUCGGGUCAUAUACCAUCAUUUCCUGCCUAUGCUUAUGUUGUUUUAUUGAGUGGAAAUAUGUUCUCUGGUUCAAUUUCAUCUAUUUGCAAAACUCUCCAAGAGAAUCUUAACUACCUUGACCUCUCCAAUAAUCAGUUGGAAGGGGAGGUUCCCAACUGCUGGGAGAAUAUGCCCAACUUGGAGACCCUUAAUUUGGCUAACAACAACUUUUCGGGUGAUAUUCCUCUCUCUUUGGGAGAUAUAUAUCGUCUCACUAUACUACGAAUGCAUAGUAAUAAUUUAUCCGGUGAAUUGCCUAACAGUUUGAGACAUUGCCAAAGAUUGAGAUUCAUUGAUGUUGAAGGGAAUAAGUUAACAGGAGAGAUCCCCACUUGGAUUGGCCAGCUGAAUGGAAUGCUCUUUCUAAACCUUCGUGGAAAUAAAUUGCAUGAUUGCUUCAACAAUUUUACUGUCUUGUCCGGUGAGAAUGAGCCCUUAAGUGCACUUGAAAAUGAAUUCAUUUUCCGUCCAACAUUAAUUUACAAGUAUCUCCCCGCCGGUCCUGUACCACGUAUUGAGCGCUAUGGCUAUUCCUCAUUUCAAUGGAAAGGAAAGGAAUAUGAGUAUUGGAAAAAUAUCAGGCUUCUUAAACUCAUUGAUUUUUCAAGCAAUAGAUUGAGCGGAAACAUUCCUAAAUCAUUUUCCACUAUGAGGGGGUUAAGAUCCUUGAAUCUAUCAAGAAAUAGUUUGACAGGAAAUAUAAUUCUAGAUAUUGGUGAAUUGGAGGUGCUAGAUUCUCUUGAUCUAUCUCGUAACCAACUCUCUGGCCAAAUACCUACAAGUUUGGCAGAAAUACACACUCUUGGUUUUCUUGAUUUGUCGAACAACGAUUUGUCUGGAAAAAUUCCAACAAGUACUCAACUGCAGAGCUUCAAUGUAUCCGCUUAUGCCGGAAACGAUGGACUAUGUGGCGACCCUCUGCCGAAGUGCCCGGGAGAUAUCUUGAGGCCACCCACCACUAAUUCAGAGGAAAACAUGAAAGAGAAAGAUGGAAGCAUCUUCUCAUUUAUGCAAGAAGUUGGCAUAUCAAUGGGCUUUGGUUUUAUCUUCGGAUUUUGGGGAGUUAUUGGUUCGUUCAUAAUGAAGAAACCAUGGAGAAUCGCAUUCUUCAACAUGUUCGAUGAUACUAGAGAUUGGUUGUAUGUCAGGAUUGCGGUGUUUGUAUCCAAAUGGAGACAGAGCUGAAUUACACAGCGGUGAAACAACGUGCUUUAGCAUUCCAUCAAGGUGAACCAAAUUAUGCUGGUGAUGUUUCCAAGUUAUUGUAAUUUGUAUUCAGUCUUUUUAUCUUCAUUUGUAAACAUUAUGUUUGUUUUUUACCUUCUAAACUUUAUGUUGAUGUCUGUCUUUUAUUUUCAGAAUGGAUGUUUGUGUUUUUGUACUUUCACUUUAUUUUCAUAGUUGUAUGUGGUUCUUAUAAAAUGAGUGUUACGUUUGUCAUUUGGGUAUACUAAGCAAAUAUAAUGAAAUAAAGUCAAUUCAAAAAGGUAUUGGUAAAAU